AAUAUAAAUAUAUAUAAAAAGAAAAAAAAUCAAGUAAAAUAAAGCAAAAUAGAAAAACACCUCAAACUAUAUACAGUAAAUAUGUUGCGGAAAUUUACGUCUAGUAAGUCAGUAGUUUCAGAAAACCUCUUACAAACGAAGAACAAAAAAUAAGUUCGGAGAAUAAUCUCAAAUGCCCAACUCAUUGCCACAAAGUGGAGUUAUGAAAACCAACAACGACAAGUUAAGGCUUGCAGCCAGCGAUGACUAAGCAGCACUAACAGCAACAAUAACAACAACAACAAUAUACAUUUAAAUAUUGCUAUCAAAAAUUGCAAUAAUAACAACAAAGAAACUCUUUGCGAGUGCAAACAGCAAAAAUGGAGUCCGAAGAAAUAACCAAAAUGGUUGAUGGCGUUUAUAAGAAUAUAUUAGAGAAGUUCAAUCCAGGUGCACGCCAACUCAUCUCUUCCGGCAAAGGUUAUUUGAAGGCUUUGCAUGGUGCUGCAUCUGCGUCACGCCUCUUCAAUGAAGCAUUAGCCAAGCUGGCAAUGAAUGCACAACAAAGUGGAACUAGCGAUAUAGGUGCGGCUUUGAUGAAUGUUGUUAGUGUUUACAAAGAAAUUCAAGAGCAACAAAUGAAUAUUUUAAAAGCAUUCUACGUUGACUUAUUGGUGCCAUUGGAAACAAAUUUGGAGAAAGAUACAAAGGUCGUACAGCAUGAGCAAAAGAAAUUUCUACAACAACAUAAAGUACGUAUGGAGAGUUAUCAGAAGGCCGUUUCCACAAUGAAGAAGCAACGCAAGAAAAAAGCCAGUCCAGAGAAUACGGAAAAGGAGUUGAGGAAUCUACAAAUAUUGGAAGAUCAGAAGAAGAAAUUGGAUGCAUUCUGCGAACAAAGCUACAAGAAUGCCAUGACACAGGAGCGCCGUCGGUAUGGUUUCGUACUCGAACGCCAGUGUUCCAUCGCCAAGCAUUGGAUGGCCUAUCACAGCACUGGCAAAAUGGUAAUUGAUAACAAUUUGGAAAAUUGGCAAGAAAUUGCCGCUUCACGUGAAGUGAUACCAGCAGCCGCGGCAUAUGAAGGAGAUGGUGGCAUUGGUAGCUACAGUAAUGGAAGUAGUGGCAAAAGGAUGGAGCGUCUCAAAGAUGGUGAGGACAUGCACGCUGGUGGCAAUUCCACAUCAUCACAGUUGAAGAAAUCACGCAGCGUUGACGCGCCAUACGGCGAUAUGCGUACCUUGCAUGAGAGUCAAGUGAGUUACACGCAAAAUUCAUUGCCGCGCGCCAAAUCCGAUUUCAAUCUACCAACAGUGACGGGCUCAAGCGACCACAUCGACCACGGCCAAUGGGAUCAGCGUCCCGUGGUGAAAGCGCUGUACGCCUACAUGCCUUCCGGUGAGAAUCAGCUGUGCUUUGACGAGGGCGAUCGCAUCGCUUUGGUAGGCAGUAAGGCUAAAGGUUGGCAGUUCGGUGAGAAUUUACGCACGCAAAUGUUCGGUUGGUUCCCUAUUGCCUACACAAAUGCCGAAGGCGCUGUCGAACGUGAGAAAUAUCGCUCCAGUGAACGCCACAACGAGCGCAGUAGCGAUCGUUACGAGAAUGUACAUUACGAACGUAAUGGCGGUAUGCGUGGCUAUCAUGAUCAAUAUAUGCCUGAAGCGCAUAUGGAUCCUGCUAUGGAAAGUGAUUCGACAUACCGCCGACGCAAUAAUAGUGCCGAGGAAUCGUCGCCGACACGCAUGUUCGGCGACUCAUACAGAAAUCAGAAGAAGUGUCGCCCAUCAGCCGGCGCCAAUCCACGUCCCGGUCCCCCACCCACUUUACCCGCACCAGUGCCAUCGAAUAGUCAAAAUCAAAGUGCCAGUCGUAUAUUGAAUACAUCACAGAGUUUUUGUGGCGCCCCGAAUGGCAUACCUUCUGUAGUGGAACGUCGCAAACAACAUAAACUACAAAAUGGUCCACAAGCUGCACAUAAUCGUUCAAUUCUUUCUGCUAAACAUCAAUAUCAACAACAACAACAACAGUCCACAUCAAUGAGCGCUAGUGGCAAUCAAAUGAAACCCGCCGCGGCUGCGAAGACUUCAUUGCAUAGUAGUAAUGAUAGUGGCUUUGCCAAUGAGCCGCCGCCACAACCUGAGGUGGACUACUCGGAUGAGGAGCAAACGAGUCGUGUGCCAAUACGUCGACGCGCUGACACGAACUCGCACAUUUCACGCGACGUCGCCUCGUGGACGUUGAACCGCAAUUUCCGCAAUAGCGUCGACAGUCAAAUUGACGACAAGAGCUUGCAUGGACUAAGCCGACGCAACACGAAAAUGCGUUACGAUCUGAUUGCAAGCGAUGAUGAAAUAUUGCAAUCUUCGAGCGGCGGCAUAAAACGUACGAAAUCGUUUUGGAAAUUCGGGGGACGCAGCGAAGAUAUAUUAGCGGGUAUGUCGUUGUGGCAACAUCGCGAUUUAGUUGCAGCGCCAAAUUUGGAGGACUUGCGCACGGAUAGUCCUCAGAGCAAGGAGAAUGGACAAGUCGAACAUGAAGUUGAGGCUGAGAAUGAGCGUGAGCGUGAGCGUGAACGCGAAAAAGAGCGAGAGCGUGACCACAGCCGCGAGCUAAAUAAGAACGGCACACUCACCAAAUCACAUUCGAACAACUCAACAUCGUCUGCGGAGAAGCAACGCAACGAAAGCGUCACAAGCAUGGAGGCAUACGAUGAUGAUGAGAAUAUCUAUGGCAUGAGUCCGGUUGUGAAACGGGAGAAUAUUAUUGUACAAAAUCGCAACUCUAUGCAAUCGAAUGCGACCACAAUGCGCGCGGAAUAUACGCCGAAAUCGCGAAUGAAGAUAAUGAAGACGAUCGAGAUUGACAUUGAAAAUCCGACCGAAAGCGAACGCCUGAGCACAAUCAAGCGUGGGCAGAAGGAAUAUCAGAAAGAGUAUCGUGAAACUGCGGGCGGCAUGCUGCCACAGAUCAAUAUGAACUCAACACGCGCUGGUGCGCAUGGAGGACGCGGUGAACAUGAGAGUAAGAGCAAGUCCGGCAUGGGUGGCAUGCAAGGCUCGCGUAAUACGCUCAGCAACAGCCACAAGAAGCAGCAGAUGAAUAAUGUCGAUGGCGCAGGUGGUGGCAAGCACGCAAACUUGCAACAGAUGAAGUCGAACGGUAGUGGCGGUCAGACACAGUCACGCAGCAAGCAACAAGACUUUCCCCACUCCACAGAGGAUGAAGAUUUGGACAGCGACGAUAACGGCACGCUUAAGAUGAGUGAUGUUAACAACUUUUUCGACGACAUUUCCCAUGAGAACACCACCGGCGGCAUGAUUAUGAAAACCGUUAAGCGCAAAGAUAUACUCAAGCAAUACUACACCAGCGAAGAUGAGUCCGAUGACGUGGAGAUCAAGUCAACCAGCUCUGAUCCAUACGAUUGCAUUGUCAUCAACGAUCAUUUGGUGCGUAAAGACGAAAAACAUCGACGUCAACUGCACAACUCCUAUCAGGAGCAUCAAAUGGAAUUCCAAACAUUUCGCGCAACAACAACUUCAGCUGCCAUGCAGCAGGGUAAUAAAAAGAACAAAUUAAAUGGUGGCGGUGGCGGCGAGCAACGUAAUGGCGCCACAAUGGCAACAAGCGUCAGCGGUAAGUCCAGAAAACAUCAAGACUUGCAGGAGAACGAGAGGGAGCGCGACCGAGAUCGCGAGCGCUACAGUAUGAAUGGCAGUUCGACGUUAACGAGAAAUUCAAAUAUCAGCGCCAAUUCAGCGUUGAAUACACCAACAGCGACGAUCCUGCCACGUACACGCCUCAUGAAGUCCAGCAAUAUGACAAGUAUGACUUUGGAACGUACAACGAAAAAUAAAACGCGCGAAAAUGGGCAUAUGAGUGCCAAUGGUGUCGGUGGUAGUGGUGGUGGCAUUGGGGGUGGGGGUAAUGACAAAGAGCAUAAAAUGCAUUAUGGCAAAACAUAUGGUCCGUGGUAUGAUUUUUGGGAUCAACAAGAUCAGCAUACACUUGUGAGCCAAAAGUCAAUGCAUAAUGGCAAGAUGUGAGGACGAAAUUUUCUAUUUUCUUCUUUGGGAAUGUAAAUUUUAAGGAAACAGAGGCGCACAUAAAUAUUUAGUUUUAAGAUAAGAGUGAGAGUGCUUAGUUCUACAAGAGUCUUAUGCUGUGUAGGGACCACUAGAUGUUGGUUCAUAUAAAAUCUACAUAAAUUCAGCUAUAAAUAUAUAUAAUUUCCCCAUAUUCUAUAAACAGAGAAACGAGUUUCAGGCAUUUCGAAAUGAGCUGGCUGCCUCUCGUUUGGUUUUCCAAAUCAUGUAAAUCGGUUUUAGAAAGUUCAAAACCAGACAGUUUGUGGGUCGCUGACCAUCCCAAACCAUUUUGCAUCCGUCGAAACAGCCAGUUGUUGGAAGGAAGGUCUGGGCUACAUGGUAUAGUACUCGAUUUCGAUUACUAGAAUACCCAAUUUCCAACUUAGAUGCUUUUUGAUAGAUUUUUGGCCAAAAAUUUAAGAUCUGUAGAAAUCGGGUUGUGGAAACUAUAUGUGACAGUCGCCUGAUUUCGAUAAUUUUCAGCAUCAAUGUAUAAAUCAUUAUGUGUGUGCAUAAUACCAAAAUUUACGCUUCUAGAUGCUCUUUGAACGCAUUUCUCGUCUGCUAUCAGAAAACUCUGUCGAAUAUUCGCUAAAGUGGUCCGAUCUGGCCGGUUUUCAAAAACUGAGGGACGAGCAAGUUUACAAACUGACAGACAGUUGAACUCAGCUUGUCAUUCUGACCGAAUACGUAUGAAUUUUGAUGAGACUAGCUCUUCUCCUUCCGGUACUUACAUACUCCGCACCGAAUUUCAUAUAACAUUUCAUGUACUUGAAAGCUAAAUAAAAAAGGUUUGACAAUAGGACCCUCCUAGCCCACACCUCGUCUUUUUGAAUUCAAUAAAAUGUCCACCGUAAAAAAUUUUAAUACCUUUGCGGCGCCUAAAAUCAACUUGCCUCAUGCAUCGAGAAAAAAAUCUACAUGUAAUUUGCUAAAGCAUAUAUUUUAUGUCUCCAAAAGGCAGGCAAUUCUCAUAUGGUUUUAUUGGAAAAGCUCAUAAGAUUUUUUUUUUUUUUUUUUUUAUUUAAUAAUAAAAGUGUUAUUAUUUUUUUACGACAUAAUGUUUGUUUUCAUCUCAAAGAAGCUUAAAUGUAAUGUCCAUAUGUAAUUUAACAUAUCUAUAUUCUAUAUAUGUUGUGUAUAUACCACUUUUAUAAUAGAUAUGCUACAUAAUCAGUCUUCUAUUCACACAUAUGUAGUUAUGAGCCCUCAUUUUUCGCUAAAUAUUGCAUCGCUUGAAAAUACAUACAUAUCUGUUCAUUAUUUAUACGUUACUACAGCUCAUGACUUACUAUUCAUAAUUGGCUGAAUCCAUGUUUUAGAAAAAUUCGCUUCCUUUUUAAAAAAUCUGUAUUCUUCCUCUUCUCUAUUUAUAUGUAUUUCUAGAAAGGGUGGUGCCUACCGAAACAUUUACAUAGACUUCUAAAGCAAAAAUUUUAAAUUCCAAAAAAAAAAAACAACACACAAAGAGCUUAUAGCUAAAACCCUGAACACACGUUACACUACACACGAAAUCAUCAACAACAAAAA